AUGUCAUUAGCCAUGAUUCAGAUCGAAGGAGGCUCGCAGGAAACGACGUUUAGGACCAGUGAUAGGGAUAGUCACUUAGACCCUAGAGUUUCCAUUCAAUAUAUGCUCCAGGCUUUAUGGAGACUCCGCAACUUCUCCAUGGUCACAUUAUAUCAUCGCAAUAGCCAUGUCCUGGAUGCUCGUGUUCGGUAUGCCGAAUACCUAACCCGAAUCACUACCCAAGGUCUCAGAAACUCAAAAUCCAUUACGGGAGCCAAAACCGUUAUUCGAACAUUGAAACAAGUCAUCGAGAUCGAAACAGGUGUGAGAAUUGAGAUUCCUGAUUCCCAGUUUUUCAUUCUCUCUUCCCCAAGUCCUCGCGGCGCAUGUCAUUAUUCAGCCCUCAGCCCGCACGAACGCAAACCAUCACGACUUGAAAUGGCCUCGACUACACAAAAGUCGGCGAUUCCAUCAUCAUCGUUAGCUUCCAAGUUCCAGCGAUUAAACGGCUCUCGAGCGAUUGCGAGAGUCUUACGAUGGAACACGACAUGGGCGCUCGCCGAAUGCCCUUUCUGCGAGCAACCUCAUGAGCAUUCAAUCAGCUUCUUCCCCAGCGCCGAUGAGAGUCUACGCCAGCCUAGUUCAAACAGUCCUUACACCUUUCGAGGAUUAGAGCCUGCGACCAUGUGGUUCUUUAUUGCACCAUGCCAUACCGCCGGCUACGCAUACAGGCUUGUCUUCCCUUUUGAGAAGCACGAUGCUGUGAGAUGGCUUUCCUGGGAGAUCAAGACAUCUACUUCCGAAAAGAACGAAGGAUCACACUUUCAGUGUUUUGAAACCAUUGGUUUCAGAAAAUCUGGACUGAACGCUCUGCCUGAGUUCAGCCGUUUGGAUCAUCGUAUCAGCGUGACGGACCGGUUUGAGAACAUCAAAGCAAGUGAAAAAGAGGAUUGUUGGGGUUGCGUCCACGACUACGCGACUUGCCCUCACUUCAACCACGACCUACGCAUUGAAGGAACUAUAGGAUCUUCGAGGCUAUCUAUAGAGAUAGCUCAUGGCAAUCGCACAUACGUUCAGGAACUCUUACGAUUAGGCGCAGACGUCAAUGCAGGUGACAACCGAGGCCGUACACCCCUAAUGGAGGCAGCUUUCUGGACCCGCGUCGAAUUAGUCUGGAUACUCCUCGCCGCCGGGGCAAAUGCGCAACAGAAAAAUCGAGACGGGCGUGUCGCUGCAGAGUUUGCCGAGGAGAAUGAGAGAAACAACGAAGAGAGGGAGUAUCGACAUGUCGACUACGCGGAGAAACCAUUGAAGUCAAAGAGUCGUCGAAGACAUAUCAGGGCACUUCUCGGAGUUGCGCCUCCUUUACAAGCCCAAGUCGCCAAGUCCGAUUUCGCAAAUUUAUUCCAACCCCGACUAUUUGAGCCGGUUGUUGCCGUUGGCGGUUGGACUGGUGGUGGCUCCCAGUCCCCGUUUAGUGGCAACGAUUACAGCAGGCUGGACUCCAACUACUGGGCUCACAAGACGCUGAGCUUUGCGAAGAGAAUCGGGUUCACUUCGACGAACACGACUCAGUUGCUUUGCUUCGUCGCGCAUAAACAUCAGCUGUUUAUUGAGAACGAGGAUGAUCGCGACAGACAGAUCAGGCUUGAGAUCUUAUUCCACUACCAGCACAUGGAGACGCUCACUAAAGCGGAGAUUGUGACCAGUCAGAAGCCAUAUCCCAGUUGCCUGAUGUUUAUGGAAUAUCUGGCGAAACGGAUGUGGCUAGAUUUCGUGGUUGUGGUCGCUGAAGAGAUUUGUAAUGGGCCAGUAAUUCAGAUGCCACCGAGCAGGAAUGAUAAUUUGAGCGGGAUGGUGUAUCGACUUCGAGUAUCCUGGAAGCAUCUCAGUGCCGGUUUCGCGGUUGCACUUUUGUCGGGAGAUCCGAAGAUUGAAUUGAUACCCAUUUAUCAGAUCCACGUUUUUCAUCGUAACUCGGGAAAGAUGUUCUCGAUAUUAGUUCCGGCCCGUCUCUCGCUUCAACCCCACCUCCCACACUCCGCCGGGCUUGGCUGGGCUGAAGAUCGGCGCGUCAAGCUUCAACCUUUGCCGCCCCCAAGGACCAACGACUCUUCUCGAAUCCUGAACCUGGGGAAAGCAAAGGUCGCCGAGGACGUGUUUAGACAUGCUCAGAUGUGGACAACGUCACCCGGCUCGGAGGACGCGUCCUUCUUACCGGUUAGCACGGCGAUCACCGUCUUGGUGAAAAGAGCAUCGCAAACCAACAACACAUCCCGAUCGCUGCUCACCUUCGCUUCAAAGCUUGAAACCAAGAUGAAGUUCACAAACACCUGCCUGCUGAUGGCAGCUUCGGCCGCGGCCCAGACUACCGCCCCAGCCCCGACAGCAACCUCCGGCUCCGGAUCCCUCCCGUCUGUGACCCUCGACUACUGUACCGUCGUCGCCACCGCCGGCAACGAGUCCGUCGGCUACUACAAGUACCAAAACAUCCGCUACGCCGCCGUUCCCACCGGCGACCUUCGAUGGGCCAAGCCCCAAGCGCCCCCCGUCGAGACGGAAGUCAGCACUGGUGACCUGGCCUCGGCCGAUGUCGCCUGCAGCUCCGCCGAGGACUGCCUUUACGUCGAUGUCUGGGCUCCCGCCGAUGCUGCGGGCAAGAACCUCCCCGUGAUGGUGUGGACCUACGGUGGUGGCUUCACUGGCGGAAGCAAGUCUGAGAACACUCCGGAGGGUCUCUUUGACCUUUCCACCGACUUCGUCUACGUCGCGUACAACUACCGUCUCGGUAUGACUGGCCUUGCCAACGGUCCUACCUUCUUGCACGAGGGUGGUACUUCCAACACCGCAAUCUGGGAUGUCACGGCCGCUUUCGAGUGGACCAAGAAGUACAUUAGCAACUUUGGCGGUAACCCCGACGAUGUCACCGCCGUGGGCUUCUCUGCCGGCGGCUCCCAGACUCUCUUCCAGAUGACUCGCUUCGCUGGCCACGCCGAACAGCUCUACAACCGCGCCUACGUCAUGUCUCCCGGCUUCGUCCCCGGCGCCGGCCACCAGCACGCCGAAGCCUUCUGGCAAAACGUCUCCACCGAGGCCGGCUGCUCCGGCGGCAGCCUCGAGUGCAUGCGCUCCAUCGACUUCGAUACCCUCAACACGGCCGCCACCACGGUCCAGGACGCCUACGACUACCAGUUCCAGCCCCGCGUCGACGGCGACAUCAUCGCUGACACCUAUGAGGCCCAGUUCUACCAGCGCCGCUUCAACUUCUCCGGCCCCGUCGUCAUCACCCACGAGCAGCACGAGGCCAACGGCCAGGCCUACGACGGCGUGAACACCACCGAGGAUGUCGCUGCUUAUCUCCGCAUCUUCUUCCCCGCCAUCAACGAUGCCGUUGUCGACGAGAUCCUGUCGCUUUACCCCGAAGAUGACUACACCUCCCCUGGUCUGCGCUUCUCCGACAUGAAGCAGCACUUUGAUCUGACUGCCCAUAACCUGGCUCUGACCCACGCCAUGAACAACCAGACCUGGAACGCAAUGGUUGCGCUUGAUCAGGCCACUCACGGCACUGACCAGAGCUACUACUGGUACAGCACCUACUCCCUAUCCGACUCCACCUCCAGCACCGGCACCACCACGUCCAACUCCACCACCUCUAACUCAACCGCUACCUCCGCCGCCGCUUCGGCAACCGCUUCCUCUAGCGCAGGUGGCCCUCCCUCCGGUGGUGCCGGCGGACCCGGCGGUGGCUCUACCUCCGUCAAUGCCACUGUCGCCGUCAUGAUGCAGAAGUACCUCAUGUCCUUCGUCCUGACCGGCAACCCCAACACCAUGUGGCCCGAGGACAAGAUUGAGUGGCCCCAGUACGGCAACAGCUCUGCUGCCGGCACCCAGCUCGUCUUCAACACCACCUUCUACCUUGAGGAGGACGACCUGGCGAAUGCCCAGGCCAAGUUCUGGAACAAGGCUCUUUGGUACUGA